UUUUUGAGGUUCAAGCGUUCCACAUGUGGCCACAACUUCCGAAGCAGAUUUUGAGUUACAGAAUUGGCAAGUUGCGACAACGGAUGAGAUGGGUGUCCAACUCCUCAAAAUCACAGCCUUUUCGUCACCGAGGAUCCUAAUUAUCAAUCCUAAAGCCCCUGUAUCCCGAUUCCUUGGUCACAUUGAUUCUUCUGGAAAAUCUACGUUCCAUCUUCUCUGCAAAACCCAAUACCACGAAUCUCCUUUAACACCCAAAUCCCUGACCAGUUCCGCCACUGGGUUUCCUGCGUGCUUUUAUCGGAGCAGGAGGAGCUUUAGAGGUGGAGUAGUGGCCAUGGCUGCCACUGGCUCUGUUCAGAAAUCGGAGGAAGAAUGGCAGGCUAUUCUCUCCCCGGAGCAAUUCCGUAUUCUGCGCCAGAAAGGAACCGAGUUCCCAGGCACUGGGGAAUAUGACAAGUUUUUUGGUGAAGGGAUCUAUAACUGCGCAGGUUGUGGGACACCCCUCUAUAGAUCCACUACAAAAUUUGAUUCUGGCUGUGGCUGGCCGGCUUUCUUUGAGGGUCUUCCUGGAGCCAUAAAUCGUACAGUAAGCUUUGCUCUUCUAUUUUAUUGGCUGACCCAGAUGGGAGGAGAAUUGAAAUUACAUGUGCAGCUUGUGGUGGGCACCUUGGUCAUGUAUUUAAAGGCGAGGGUUUCCCUACACCAACUGACGAACGUCAUUGUGUUAACAGCAUCUCAGUCAAGUUUGUUCCAGCAUCAUCAGAAUGAAGAUUAUUGUGAUGGUUUUUCUUAAAUCAAGAAUAAUAGUAUCUGUCUAAACAUAGUUAUUACUCUAGUUAUUUUAUUCACAUUGAAUGUUUUAAAAGGAUCAUGAUUUUAACUUGUUUUCUUU